GGUCGCCCAUGGGGGUGGGGGGGCUGUGGGCGGUGCCCGGGGGGUGUGGGGUCCCAAGGGUGGGUUGGGGUCACCCUUGGGCCCCCCCAGGACCCCCGGGUGCGGCUGUCCAAGGCCCUGAGCUACGUCCUGCGCCACGGCGCCGAGGCCGCGGGGCUGCCCAUGGGCCCGGGUGCUGGGACUUGGGGAACCCUGGGUGGCAUUUUGGAGAUCUCAGGAUCCAAGAGGGAUUUUGAGGAUCCUGGGAGGGAUUUUGGGGAACCCUGGUUGGAUUUUGAGGAUCCCGGGAGGGUUUUUGGAUAUUUGGGCUGGGAUUUUGGGAAUCCCGGGAGGGUUUUUGGGGCUCGCGGCCGCUCCAGGGCUCGUGUCCGGGGCUCGCAGGUGCCGGAGCUGGAGCUGACCCCCCUGCGCACCCCCGGGGCGCUGCCCCCCACCCUCGCCCACGGCACCCGGCGCCGCCUGUGGGGCCCCAUCCGGGCGGGGGGGCUGCGCCCCAUGGGGCGGCAACACCUGCACCUGGCGGGGGGGCUGCCGGGGGACCCCGGGGUGCGCAGCGGUGAGUCACCCCCCCAAAAAAAACCCCAGCCACCCCAAAAACGGUGUGAACUGCCCCUGGAUGGGCCCUGGGACGAGGAGGGGGGAGAGACCCCCAGAUGA